AUGACGCGGGCAGGAGUGGCGGGGGCCCGUUUCCGUCAACGCAAAUUAAGCACAAAGCAGACUCUACAGGUUCUACGAGAAGAUCAAGUUGAGAAAAUUGAUGAUGAUCCUCAACGCCAUGUUCCCAAGGUCGAGACCGGUGUCGAGAAGACGGAAGAGACUGAGCACCAUCUUCAAGCUGCAAUAUCCGCUUCACAGGCAGCUGCGGUUGGUGGAAAGGUAGCACAGAUUUACAUCCCUACCCCGGAUACUGUCGUUAGCUCGCUCCAAUAUGAACGAUUAUAUUCUCUCCGGUUCUCACAACCGGCGACGUAUAUUCGUUUCUCUUCCACCGUGGAAGACUGCAAUGGACAUGCGUAUUGUAUGACUGCUGAGGAUGACGCCUUUCUGUCGUCAGUUAAUGAAAAGAAGUCUGCCUCGGCACUUUGCAAUGAGGACCGAUUUGAGGAAGUCAUGACUUUCUUUGAGCAGACUGCGCAAUCAAAGCAGCCGUUUGCCAUGGUCGACAAUGCUCCUGUCUUGACUUAUGACGAAAUGGAAAGCUUCUUUGAUGAAACAAUCUCUGAAAGUGCCAGAUCUUUUGCAAAAGAUAUUUAUCCUCAUUGGAAGAGUCAGCGAUUACGUCGCGGUAAUAAAACGCUGAUGCCGAGUCUCAAGUUUGAGACUGGAGCCGAGACAGAUGACUCGGAUCCCUAUGUUUGCUUCCGCCGCCGAGAGGUGCGACAAGUUAGGAAGACUCGUGGUAGAGAUGCACAAAGCUCGGAAAAACUGAAAAGGCUCAGAAAAGAGCUUGAAGAUGCUCGUCAGCUGGUGGCUAUGGUAAAGCAACGUGAGAUAAUGAGGAGAGAUAUAUUGGCCGUAGACAGACAACUCUUUGAACAACGUGCCAAAGUCAAAGAUGCCAAGAGAAGUCUUGGAAUCAAAGGUGACGACGAAGACCUCGUCAACCAAAAGCCUCAGAAGAAAAAGACGAGCGAGGCUACUCCGAUGCAGCGUCCCGCUAGCACGCAGCUUCGUCUUUCUGCUCGACCUGACGGGCGAUCUUCCGAGCUAGAUCUUGUCUUGUUAUCAGAUGUCUUGACCGAGAAAGAGAAUGAGAUCCAGAAGGAGAUCGACACGAAGAUUAUCCAACACCAGAGAUGGAAUGAAGGCUAUAUCGACUUAACGAGGCGGCCUCUGACCCCACCACCCGAACCAAAUGUCGACUCAGGAUUCCGGACUGCUAUCACAGAAUUCCUUCCUACACCACCCUCAUCUGUUUCAUCUGAAGUAAUGGAUCUUGAUGGAGACGAUGGCAUACACGACUCAGGCAGAGAAGGUCUCGUCACCUUUAGAUAUGCGUCGCCCUCCCUGGAUGGAUAUUGUCAGAGUAGACCUUCCUUCCGACGUCGUGUUGGUAGAGGAGGCCGCCUGAUGAUUGAUCGUCGUGGAAUGCGUCUUCAGUCGACCGAAGCAAUAGACGAACGCAUCGUUGACAAAUUCAAAUAUGAUCACGACGAUGAGGAUGAAGAGCCAACGUAUGCUGUUGAUCCGUAUGAUACAUUAAACAUGCGCUAUCGAGCUUCGAUUAUUGGCAACAGUAGGGAGCAGGCUGCUCAUCAGGCUGCUCAGAUUCAGGCAGUGCGACGGGCACAGGAAGAGAAAACUGUAGCGAGUAGUCCAGCGCCUGCAAGCUAG